AUGAAUUUACUUGGUGUUGAUGUAAGUGGUGCAUGUGCAACAUUUUCUCGUCUAUGUUAUUUUGGUGCACCAUGGUAUUCAGUUAUAUUACAAUGGUAUCGUCAACAACGAUCCGAACAUUAUCGUUAUCCAUCAUCAAAUGAUGAUAUUCAAGUUGUAUAUGAAUCAAAAAAUUAUAUUGUUGUUAAUAAAGAUGAUCUUGUUCCAAUUGAUGCAUUUGAUGCUCCAGCACAAGUUAAUGUUACACAACAAGUUAAAAAAUGGUUUGAAAAACGUGAAAUAGAUAAAUUUUUAAGACAAGAUCCACCAGCUACUGAAGAACAAACAGAACAAUGGAAAAAAAGUUUAGCACAAAAAGUAGAAGAUAUUCGAUAUUCUCAUCGACUUGAUUUAGGAACAAGUGGAUGUAUGUGUUUUGCUCGUUCAACUGCUGCUAGUUUUCUUACUUAUAAAGCAUUUAUUGAUAAACGUGUUUUAAAAUAUUAUUUAGCUCUUGUACAUGGUCAUCUUCAUUCAUCUUAUCCAAUAUAUAUUGAUGUACCAAUUGGAGAAAAUGCUUCAUGUUAUGGUAGAAUUAUGUGUACAAAUGAUCAUCCAUAUUGUACACAUCCAAAACCUGCACAAUCUCAAGUUGAUAUAUUAGAACAUGGUGAAUAUGAUGGUAAACCAGCAUCAAAAGUACUUGUUAGAAUUUUAACUGGUAAACGACAUCAAAUUCGUUUACAUAUGAAUUAUUUGGGUCAUCCGAUUAUUGGAGAUUAUCUAUAUACAGAACCUAUUGAUUAUAAACCACAUCGUAUUAUGUUACAUGCAAGAUCAUUAACCAUUCAUACAGAUCAAGAAUUAAUUGAUGCAUUAGCAAAAGAUCCAUUUGUAACACAAAUGGAUCCAAAAUGGAAGAAAACUAAAACAAUAUAUCCUGUUAAUCGUUGGUAG